AUGUUCGGGGUUAUAAGAAAAGUCAAUUGCAGUUUAAAAGAUGAAGUAUUAGUCUUGCAAUUAAUGUUCACAACAGUUCAAUCAGAGAACAAAAUUCUCCGUUUAAACAGGAAAUGGGAAUUGUCGAAAACAGAAGAAAUCAUUGAUGAUAGGAAAGAAUGUUUCGUUGCUUUACUUGAAUCUUAG